GACAGCGACGGGACGCCGGUCCACUGGCCGCCCGUCUCGUGGCCGCCAGCCCCUCCACGUGCUGGCCGACCCCUCAAAACGCCCGCUGCGGCGGGCACGCACCAACAAACACCCCGAGAGCAGCCAUUUCCAGAGCCCGUCCGUGACACCAGCAUCCAGCAGGCAGCAGCAUCUCUCUCGUCUCGUGACGCCCGGAGCAGACAGCAGAGGCAUGGACACCGCGGUGGAGCUGGAGCUGGAGCAGAAGCCGGCGGUGGGUUACUGGAGCGUGGUGGGCGCCCGGCCCUGCGACGCGUGCGCCGCGGAGCCGGCGCGGCUGCACUGCCGCGAGGACGGCGCGUUCCUGUGCCCCGGCUGCGACGCCCGGGCGCACGGCGCCGGGUCCCGCCACGCGCGCGUCUGGCUGUGCGAGGUCUGCGAGCACGCCCCCGCCGCCGUCACCUGCCGCGCCGACGCCGCCGCGCUCUGCGCCGCCUGCGACGCCGACAUCCACUCGGCCAACCCGCUCGCGCGCCGCCACGAGCGCCUCCCCGUCGCGCCCUUCUUCGGCGCGCUCGCUGACGCGCCCCAGCCCUUCCCGUCCCCGGCCUUCGCCGCCGCUGCCGCAGCGGGGGGCCAGGCUCAGGGGGAAGCCGCGGCGGCGGACAACGACGACGACGACGGGAGCAACGAGGCCGAGGCGGCGUCGUGGCUGCUCGCCGAGCCCGACAACAGCCACGAGGACAGCGCCGCCGCCACCGCCGCCGACACGUUGUUCGCGGAAUCGGACGCGUACCUCGGCGUCGACCUGGACUUCGCCCGGUGCAUGGACGGCGUCAAGGCCAUCGGCGUGCCGGUCGCGCCGCCCGAGCUGGACAUCGCUGCCGGCAGCUUUUUCUACCCCGAACACUCCAUGAACCACAGUUUGUCGUCGUCGGAGGUGGCGGUGGUGCCGGACGCGCAGGCGGCCGGCGUGCCGGCGGUGGUGAGCAGGGGGAAGGAGCGGGAGGCGCGGCUGAUGCGGUACCGUGAGAAGCGCAAGAACCGCCGGUUCGACAAGACCAUCCGCUACGCGUCCCGCAAGGCGUACGCCGAGACGCGGCCGCGCAUCAAGGGCCGCUUCGCCAAGCGCUGCUCCGCGGAGGCCGACGACGACGCGCUGGAGCACGACGAAGGCGCGUGCUUCUCGCCCGCGGGGUCGGCGCACGCGGCGUCGGACGGCGUCGUCCCGUCCUUCUGUUGAGGAGGAAAGAAGACGGCGAACCCCGGCAGACGGCGGCCUUCCCCGCCUGCCUGCCCGGCGGCGACGACGGCUCCUUAGUUUUGCCAACUCUGUCGACUCUGAACCUUUUUUUUUUUGGUCUCUCCUCCCUCUCUCUUUUGAUCGAGGGGUUGCUAGCUCUGGAUCUGAAACUCCGAAUGCAUGGGACGCGAGCUCCGUGUAGCAUGAAUAACUGUGUAGUUGUUCGAUGGACGAAUCAAUGGCGUUCGCAUGGAAUUCUCCUCUUGUAAUCCUCUCGGUCCUCACCGUCACUGUAAUCCACCCUUGUAUAUGACCAUCUAGAGUUGUUUCUUUUCCAUGGAUGCAUCUGCUACCUGAAAAAUUUGCUGUU